AUGGCGCGUGAAGAAGCUGUCGUGUUUAGAAGAGCUACAGCAGCUAAUUGGUCAGAAGCAAGGGAGAAAGUACAUAAGAGAGUUACAUUGCCAAAAGGAGAUGAGGAAAAAGAAAAUGGAGGACCGACAGAAGUAAAAUGGGACCGUAUCCAAAAACGAAGAUUAAUGAGCCAAGCAAAGAAACCGACUCGCUUUUACGAAUGUGGGUUGCGGGGGCGAUUGCAGGAGGUGGAGAAAAGCGACGUGGAAAAUACGGAUCAAUACUUUGAUUCUGGACGAACACAGCGCCAUUUCCGGUCGUCGAAGACGCAACCGAACCCGAAGAGCGCAACUCUCGCGAUAUCUCCAGGAGCUCUUCGUUCUUUCUUGACAAUCGUGCAGAUAUCCGCAUUUGAAACCAUGUACUGGAUUCCGUUUCUUUUUGUGGCUGCUGCUGUUCAGGCGUCAGUGUAUUUGCCUCCGCCAAUGAAGGAGGAUCAACUAUUGCCUGAUACUUUCCUCCGAGAAUUAAUCAACCAAAUGGGAAAUGACCUCGUGGAUGCAGCAGACUCGUAUUUGGAAUACCAGGACAAACCAAAGGAAAUUCCUAUCGAAUUGCCUGCUGACUACGACAGCAUCGACACAUUAAAUCCUAAUCCUAGCAUUCGCGAUCAGGAAUACUUGCGGCAUAGUACGUUAUGGAGCCAUCAACGUCUGAACGAGAACGACAAAGCGAACGGCAGACAGAAGAUCAAACCUGGAAGCAUCAAAUACAUUGCGGACGAGAAAGCGGAGAACGCUUUGCCUGCAUAUUGCACGCCACCUAACCCUUGUCCCGUUGGAUAUACAAGCGAUAACUGCAUCAUGGAUUUUGAAAAUACAGCCGCAUUCAGCAGGGAUUACCAAAGCGCACAGGAUUGCAUGUGCGACACCGAACACAUGUUGCAUUGCCCUGUUGAUUCUACAAAUAGCAACAGUCUACCAAGCAUGCACAUUCAAAAUUCCAAUUUCAAUCAGAUCGUCGAUCAGUUUCAAGCUGAGCAUAAUCCGUUCUUCCGAGGUGAAAAGUUACCAAUCGCAGCGAAGAAAGGUUUAAAUGUUGUUUACUAAAACAUGUGGCAUAUCUUCCAAAUUACUUCAACAUAUGAACCGAAAAUGUUUUAAAAUAUAUCAAUGAAUAUCCUCGAUUCACUGUGUGAUUCAGUAAAAAAACACAAAUGACGGAUGAAUUUUUAUCUACAAAAAGAAAAGAGUUUACAUAAUCCAAAGGUC